UUUGUUGACGCAUAAACAAAAUGGCGGCGCCCAUAGAGGCUGUGAGACUGUGAGACAGAAGUAGCAAACGUAGCAAUAAAACCUUUUUAAUAGCUUACUGGAUGAUGUGAACUUUUAGCUAGUUUAUAUUAAGGUGACAAGUAAACACGAAGGAGCUUUUUUUAGUCCAAAUACAGGCUAUGAUUUUGACACGGUUGCGAUGCGCGAGGGUGCUGCAGCUAACACUUGCGGUUAUAAAACCGGACGCUGUCGCUCAUCCUCUAAUACUGGAGGCUCUUCAUCAGAAAAUUCUAGAGAACAACUUCAUCAUUGUCAGGAAGAAAGAUCUCAUCUGGAGAAGAAGUGAUUCAGAAAGGUUUUAUGCAGAGCAUAAUGAACGCUUCUUCUACCAGCGACUAGUCGAGUUCAUGUCAAGCGGUCCAAUGAGAGCUUACAUCCUAGCGAGAGAGGAUGCUAUCAGCCACUGGCGGGAGUUGAUGGGUCCCACUAAAGUGUAUCGAGCGCUGUACACAUCACCGAGGACAAUUCGAGCACAAUAUGGGCUCACCGACACCAGAAACACAACUCAUGGCUCAGAUUCGUCAGAGUCAGCUGAAAGAGAGAUAGCCUUCUUCUUUCCAGAGUUCAGUUUUCAGCACUGGCUAGAGAUGGACGAGCCAUGUUUUAGGGCAGGACAUGUUGAAUAUGACAAGGAGAGACAAAUCCAUACUGCACUAAAACAUAUCUAAGCAUUCAAGUGCCUUAACUAGGAACUGCUCUAAUGUAUGUGUCCCAUUUUCUUGCAUUUCACCAUCAGUUGCUUACAGGUUUUUGUAAAUGACCGUGUUGCAUCUUGAGCACUUUGACUUGGUACUUUUAUUAUUAAAUACCUUCCACUGGC